CGCAGUCUGUGGAACCAAAAUGAAAACUGCAGGGGUCUUAAUGCUUCUAACCUUGACUGUCUUCUGCCUCUUCUCUGAUGUUGUUGCCCAACAUGGCAGAGAGUCCACUUACUGCAGUGAAUACCUAAACACAGCAGUAUACUGCACCAGAGAAUAUGAGCCUCACUGUGGGACAGACAGACAGACCUACGGAAACAAAUGUGCAUUUUGCAGGGCAGCUGCGAGAAGUAAUGGGAGACUUGGUUUUCAACACUUGGGGAGAUGCUGAUGAAGUCUCUGCAGUUUCAACUGAGCGCUACAUUUUUCUGUUCUGUUUCCAUGAAAAACAUGAGGAUUCUCAGAGUUAACUUGUAAUCUAUGAAAGUUGUUUCUCUUCCUUUGGUAUCCAUCUUCAAUAAAGUCGAACUGACUCCUA